CGAUCAUCCAUAUUUCAUUUGUAAACAAAAUGUAACAAGUAUUAAUCAAUCAACUUUAAAUUUGUUUUUAAAAUGUCUAUUGUUUACGCAGGAAAAUUAAGUCUAUUAUGUUUCAUUUCACCCAUAUUCAGUUUGAAUUUCUUACUUCUUCGAUAUGUUCUUCAAAUAUUCAUAGCCCAAAAUUUAAUUCUUGAAACUACAUAUCUUUCCUUUGCCUAUUUUAUUCUACUGAACGUCAUAUUAAGAAUAUUUUUAAAAGAUUUUCUUUAUGAGGUUGGGGUCCGAGCUCUUCUUCUUGGAAGCUUUUUUUCUAUUGGUAUUCUAGUUGCAUUUCUUGCUCCUGAUUCAUACAAAGUUUUUGGAUGGUACUUAUCUGUCUUAACAUUUUUUCAUUAUUCAGAAUUUUUGGCUAUUGCUAUUUCCAAUCCAGAAACAUUAUCAGUCAAAUCAUAUAUAUUGAAUCAUUCAGUAGAUUAUCAAAUUGCAGCUCUAGCCAGCUGGAUAGAGUUUUUUGUUGAACGCUACUUCUAUCCAGAUUUAAAAUUAACCUGGUGGGUGUCAGCCUGUGGGCUGUUGACAUGCAUUGCUGGAGAAGUUCUUCGAAAAACGGCCAUCAUACAAGCCCGCUCAGGAUUUACUCAUAUUGUCCAAAACAAGCGUAAACCAGAUCACAAACUUGUGACGACCGGUGUUUAUGCUUGGACGAGGCAUCCAAGUUAUGUCGGCUGGUUUUACUGGGCAAUAGCUACUCAGAUAAUUUUGGUUAAUCCUAUUUGCAUCUUGGCCUACACACUAGCAAGUUGGAAAUUUUUUAAUGACAGGAUAAUUAUUGAAGAAUUAACAUUACUUUCAUUUUUUGGAGAUGACUAUAUAGAAUAUCAAAAGAAAGUUCCUACUGGAUUACCAUUCAUAAAAGGAUAUUUAAUUGAUAAUUAUCAAGAUCCUGACUAGACAUCUUUUGAUUCUAAAAUAAAAGAAUUUCAUUUAUAUAGGAAUGAAUGAGUAUUGAAAGGAAUGAAAAGUGAUUGCUGCUCAUUUUGAAGGAAAAUAAAGUAAUUCCGAAGCCUCUAAUGAACCAAAGACUAUAGCUAUGACCUAUAAGGAUAGAUUAUGUAUAAAAUAGCUAUAUAUUUAGACCCUGAAGGGCUAUUUCCCAAUGAAUUCCUAAAAGUCAUGUAAAAUUAAAUAUUAUUAAUAAAAUUUAUUACUAUUUUACUUUUAGGAAAGAAGUAAUUCCUGACUGAAUUUAUUUUAAAAGAAAUGUUAAUAUACUCUUAGAUUUUUUUUAUGAUUAGUACUACUAUUAAAAAAACAAAGUCAAUUUUUUAGCUAGCUAAUAAAGGACGUAAGUUUUUGUAAAAAACAAAACAAAUAACAAUCAUGUACUUAUAUGAACCUUUCUCUAUGACGAAAGGCAAGCCUAGAUUAAUUUUAUGAGUGACAUUGUUAAUUUUUUUUUCAAUGAUGACGUAAUCCUUGAAACAUUUUGAACAGUAAUGUACAUUUAUUAAAUGAUUGUUGGUGGUACUCUUAAAAAAUAAAACAUUUAAUUUAUUAAUGUUUUGAUUGAAAAUUGAAAUUGUAUUAUUUAUUUUAAAUACUGAAGUGCCAAGGAAAUUUAAAAAUACUACCAUUUUAUGUAUAGAAGUUUAACUAUUAUUUUACUUAACGCUCUUAGUUCUGGUUUAGUGAAUUUUUUGUAACUAUUUAUUAUUUUUUGUAACAUUAAAUUAAAUAAAAGUUGUUAUUAACAAUA